CCACCGUCUCCACCCUCCUUCCAAGGGCCACGAUGAGGGCGCCUCUCCUCUCCUCGCUCCUCGUCCUCGCCGUCGUCGCCACCGUGCCUCUACUAGUCCCGGCGGUGUGCAUCUCGCGGCACGACAAGUCCGAGAGCAAGGCUGACGAAGAAGCUGCUGCUACUACCGUUGCCGCCGACGAGCAUGGCUCUGUCAAGACCAUGUCCCUCGACGCAUACGGGCCACUGGAGAUGGCCGCCAAGAAGCCCAAGGAGCAGGUCCUGAACGCGCAAGCUACGCCGGCGACGACCGCUGGCGCUGACACAUAUGACCAGAAACCCGUUGGUGAAAAACAGGCUGAAACGGCCACGGCCUCCGCUGCCGAUGAACAACCCGACAAAUACGUGGAAGCUCUAGUUCCUGACGAGAAGGCGGAGGAAUUUCCCGAUAAAUAUGUGGAAGCUCUAGUUCCUGACGACAAGGUGGAGGUGAAGAAGAAGAAGGUAAAGAAGGAAAAGAAGGACGAGUCUGAUGAUUCUGAUGUAGCUACGUCUUAUAAGAAGAAGGAGAAGUCUGAUGAUUCUGAGGUGUCUACAUCUUAUAAGAAGAAGAAGAAAUCUGACGAUUCUGAUGAAGAUGCAUCUCUUGAUAAGAAAGAAAAGAAGGCGAAGUUUGCAGCAUCUGACAAAAAAGAAAAGAAGGACAAGUCUGACAACACAUCUUCCAAGAAAGAAAAGGAGGAGAGAUCCGCCGAUUCCGAUGCAUCUGCGUAUUUCGACAAGGAAGAGCAGAAAUCCGGCGAUUCUGACGCCGCCACGUCUGUUGAGAAGCAAAAGAAGCAGAAGAAGGAGAAAUCCGGUGAUUAUUUCGACAAGGAAAAGGAGGAGAACCCCGAGGAGGACGCUGCGCCCGUCGACGUCUCCGCGGACGGCGUGUAUGUGCCUCUCAAGAAGGAGAAAUCCGGCGAAGACGCCACGCCGGUCGACGUCUCCACCACCACCGGCAAAUACGUAUCUUCUUCUUCCAAGGCAAACGGCAAGCCCACGGGAGGUCAGCCCGCAGAGAGCUCCACCACCGCCACCGCGGAUGCGUACGCGUCUCCAAAGCAGAAAGUCGUCAGCAGCCAGCCCAUGGCCAGCGCCGCUCCUGACGAGCUUCCGCUGGCGGCCAAGAGCUCCACCACCUCCGACGCGUACGCAUCUCCAAGGCAGCAGCAGGUCGCCAGCAGCCAGCCCAUGUCUGGUGGCGCUCCCGACGAGCUUCCACCGGUGGCCAAGACCUCUGCCACGCCCGAACCGUACGCAUCUCUGAACGUCGCCGGCGGCGGGCAGCCCAACGAGCCGGCGGCGGGGAGGCCGCCGAAGCUGUCGAUGGAGACGUUCUCGGGGAUGAUCAAGAGGCCGUUCGCCAAGUUCCUGAGCCCGGUGAUCAAGAGCGUGUGCGCCAAGACGGAGUACCCGGAGGACUGCGAGUCGUCGAUCGGGGGCCUCCCGGGGGCCGCGUCGGCGGCGGCCACGGACAGCGUGGGCGUGCUGAAGCUGGCCAUGGAGGCGGUGCGGCAGAAGGCCAUCGAGGCGAUGAACGCGGCCACGGACAGGAUGAACGCGCCGGGCACGGACCCGACGACCAAGGAGGCGCUCGACUCGUGCACGUCGUCGUACAGCGACAUCAAGACGAGCCUGGAGACGGUGGACGACGCGCUCAAGCGCGGCGACGUCGACACGGCGCACACCAACCUCGACUCGGUGGAGACGGACAUCACCACCUGCGACGACGGCUUCCAGGAGCGCGGCACCCCGUCAGUCAUGACCGACCACGACCAGGAGCUCCAGAAGCUCGCCAGCAACCUCCUCUCCAUCGGCGCCGCCAUCCACCACUAGAAAGAGAGGAGGGAGGUGCGGCGUCCACACACGCAUGCAUGCAUGCAUGCAUGCAUUGCGUUUGCGUCUCAAGAGUUCACUUGUAAAUUUGUAAUCGAGGAAGAAAAGCACCUCUCGAUCGAUUAACAUGUCUAGCUGCUACGAUCCUGUGAUUCGACGAUGUUAAUUAAUCGGCAGCUUUCAUU